CUAGAUACCUACACAUGCUAUCAGAGGAUGAUUAAUUCCGCAUAAAGUGUCGAGUAUGGUUUUAAUUUCACUGUAAAAUGUAAAAAGUACAAUCAGAAUCGUAACGAAAACGUUUAAAAAGACAGGAAACGGUCAAUUCUCCAAAAUUAGGUUAAUUUCACCAAUUAUGCGGGUGGACCUGGAAGCUGGAUGCUGUAGCAGAUCGACCUACAAAAACAUAACCUCAUUUCCGAUGUUAAUAAAUUAAUGUCGACCGUUGACAUCCUUUUUUUUAAGGCGAAAUUUCUAGUCAAAGUUCAAUGAAGAGAGCCUUCUCAGGCGACAACUGACAAGACCGCCACAAUGCCGAGACCUCCGAGCAAUCGAACCACCGAAGCGCCACUGCUGAAGUACAAAACGAGACGAAAAACCAAAUCGACCUGCAUAGUCCGAUGCUGCGUGAUCUCCUUAAUUACAAUGACAAUUCUACUGCUAAUAGCCUUCGUCGUGAUCUUCGUCGCGAUUCCGUUAAUAUUCAAGUACUCGGUGGAACUGCAGCGCGACCUAAUCUUCCCCAUACAUGAGCUCUACCCGGAGAACGCGGACUUUAAUAAUUUCACCAAGUACGACGUCUACGGGGGUAGAAACUUGUACGUGCCCGUAAACGAGUCGCACAACAUAACGUUGGGCGUGUGGCACCUCUUACCCUUAGCCUUGGUGAAUAGUUCGACGCAAGAGAUCGAAUUUAAUUAUACCGAAGCUUUGGAGGGCCCCGAUUAUCCGGUGGUUUUGCACUUUCACGGAAAUGGAGGUAAUCGUAUCAAUGGCGUCGAGAUUUAUUCGGUUCUGCGUGAAUUCUUCCACGUCAUUGCUUUCGAUUAUCGGUGUUACGGCGACUCGAGUUGCGGCGAACUAAUCGAGGACUGCUUGAUUUCUGACGCGGUCGCCCUGUACAGGUGGCUAAUGGCGCGGACGACCGCCGACAUUUACAUUUGGGGACACUCGUUGGGUUCCGCCGUUGGUACGCAUGCGGUAGCCGAGUUGAAGAAGGAGAACAUUACACCCGCCGGUUUGUUCCUGGAGGCUCCGUUUACGACGCUUCGCGACGAGGUUAAGUACGUGCAGACGCUGUUCUGGUUUACGAGGGCGUUCCUGUGGCUGCCGUGGUACGAGACGACGCUAGUCGAUCCCUUCGAGGAGCAUGGGUGGAGGUUUAACACUGUCGAGCACUUACAGUCGGUGGAUUGCCCGGUUAUGAUUUUCCACUCCGAAGAUGACAGUGUAAUACCUAUUCGGUUCGGGAGAGAGUUACAUGAAACUGCCACCGCGGUUCGCAACCACACUUACCAAGGCGAAGUUAGCUUUCAGGCGGUUCCGGCGCUCGGCUUUGACCACUGGCAGAUCUAUGCCUAUGACAAAUUGCCGUCGUGCAUAGUUUCCCAUAUUGAUGUGUGUAGAGUAUUUAAGGAGGAGAGAAUUAACGUGUAGAUGCUUUUUUGUGAUAAUAAUUGAUUCAAUUUAAACUAAUUUGUGCCAAAUAUUUAUUGAUAUUUAGUUUAUGAAAACUAUUGUAAAUUAUUUUAUUUUUUUAUAACGUUUAAUAAACGAAUCUGUUGUUUAA